UCUUAGCUAAAAAAACAGUCAAAUCCAAAAACUACCCUUUUCUUUGAACUUACCUAAAUUAUAUGUAUUACUACUUUUGGGGAUACAUUGUUUCUUCUUUCUUUUGAUUCCUUAGCUCUUAUUCAUUUUUAACCUUCUUUUCCUUUUUUAGACUCAACACUUUAUUCCUAUCUCUACUUGCUGCAAAGAUGGUGAGAGGAAAGACGCAGAUGAAGCGUAUAGAGAACCCAACAAGCAGACAAGUAACAUUCUCAAAGAGAAGAAAUGGUUUGAUGAAGAAAGCUUUUGAGUUAUCAAUUUUGUGUGAUGUUGAAGUUGCUCUUAUUGUUUUCUCACCAAGAGGAAGACUUUAUGAAUUUGCAAGUUCAAGCAUUCUAGAAACAAUUGAACGAUACUGCAGUCAUAGCAGAAAUAAUAAUACUUCAACACCAUCUGAAUCAGUUGAAAAUACCCAGCAUUUGAAGGAAGAAGCAAAAAACAUGAUGAAAAAGAUUGAUCUUCUUGAGACUUCAAAACGGAAACUGUUAGGAGAAGGUUUAGGGUCUUGUUCCAUUGAUGAACUACAAAAGAUAGAACAACAGUUGGAUAAGAGUAUAGCGAAAAUUCGAGCAAAAAAGACUCAGGUUUACAGGGAACAUAUUGAUCAGCUAAAAGAAAAGGAAAAAGCCAUAGUUGCUGAAAAUGUUAGGCUCUCUGAGAAGUACGGUAAUUAUUCAUCACAGCAAGCAAGAAAACCUUAUGCAGAUUAUAUUAGUCUAAGUUCAGAUGUGGAGACUGAGUUGUUCAUUGGACUUCCAGACACAAGAACAAGAAACAUGUCUCAUUAAUAUUGUAUAUUGGAUUUGUUUCCUUAGUUAUGCUUUCAUUAUUUUGAUGAUAAAUAAUUGAGAGUGGAGAUUGGUUUCAUUCAUAUUCCUAUAUAUUAAAUCAUGUAUUUUUGACAAUUAGUACUAAAUUAAAAUUAUAGAUAAUU